UGUUCAGAUUGAAUUUCUCCUUUUCAUCUCUGUUCAUUUCUUCCUCAUCUCUCUCUCACUCUCGCUCUCUCUUUAUUUCUCUCUGCUACAAAAUGUACUAAAAAUUUUCUACAAGAUCAUUACCAUGAGAUGCUGUUAACAUUAGUGAUGAGAGAAUAAUGAUGAUGAUGGUGGUGAAAAGAACUUGACAAAAGUUUGAGAGAGAAAAGGAGAGAGAGAGAGAGAGAGAUGGAAAAGAGGAAGACUAUGAAGAAGAUAAAGUGUAAAAUCAUAUAAAUGAGUGAAAGAGAGAGAAAGAGAAAGAAGAAGAUAAAGAAACAGUGUUAAAAAUUACACCUUCUCUUUCCCAAUCAUUCAUCAAAUUCACCAGGAAACAAAACAUGAAUACAAACAAAGUGAUGAAAAUAUAAUCAUUCCCAGUUUCUCAACUCCCAUCGGUCUAAUUGAUAUUUAUUAUUGAUAAAGUGUUAAAACUUUCAACAAGAAAAUAACCAAAACAAAAAAAAGUUAUCUAAUAUUCGGGAAUACGAGACAAUAUAAACGUCAUUAUAAUCAUCAUCUCCAUCAUCUACAUUAUGAUUUUCUUUCAAUAAUCAAGUAGAAAAUGUUAACAUGAUGAAAAUUUUACCAAUCAUAAUUGUGAUAUUACUUAAGUUUCAGUGUUUCUCCUGUUAUAUAUCACUCCAUCUGAAAGAAUAAGCCAAAAUAAUUCAUAACUUUAAUCCAUUGAAAAGUUUUUUUUUUCUGUGCCAAAGUUUCAAUUGUGGACCAGCAAAAAAGUUUCAUCUUCACAACUCAGCAAAUUAAUAUUAUUAUUCAUUCAUAAAUUACCAUUAGAAAAGCUCAUCAUCAUAUUCAUUUUUAUACAAUAGUUAUAAAUCCAUAAGGAUCAUUAUCAUCAUCGUCUUCUUUGUUUACAUUAUCAUCUUUUUAUUGAUCAUUAUCAUUAGUGAAAUGUAUUGAUAAUCGUUAAUACCAACGAUUAGCAUUCAACCAUGGAUUUUAUGGAUUAUAAUGUGAUGAUAUUCAAUUUAACACCAUGUUCAUCUUGGAACAAUUCAACUGUUACUUAUGAUAGGUAUGGAUGUGCUGAUGAUCUUUUACCCUCAUCACCCUCAUCAUUACCUUCAUCAUCUUCAUCAUCAUCAUCAUCUUCCAUUGAAACGUCAAGUUCAUCCUUCUCAUCACCAUCUUCAUCAUCAGUAGUCGCCUUAUCAACCUCUAAGUUAUCAACUUCCAAUAUUUCAUCUGCAAAACUUUCACUUUCUUCAUCACUUGUUAUCGUUUCCUCUUCUCUAACCGAUAUAACCCUAUCAGCAUCAUCUUCAUUAUCUUCCUUUGAUUCGGAUAAUUUUACUAGUAUACGUGAUCGUUUAACCGAUUCUGGUGAUGAAAGUGCUAUCGGUCCACCAUUUAACCUUUGGAUGACCAUUUUUAUUGCAACGUCCAUCGCUAUUCUCAGUGUGAUCACAAUACUUGGUAACAUUUUAGUUCUAACAGCGUUUGUUGUUGAUAGACAAAUUCGACAGCCAAGUAACUAUUUUAUCGUUUCUCUUGCAAUAUCCGAUUUAUGUAUAGGAUUUUUUUCUAUGCCAAUAUUUGCGAUCUACAUUUUACAGGGUACAUGGAAACUUGGUCCAACUCCAUGUGACCUUUGGUUAUCCGUUGAUCAUACUGUUUGCCUGGUUUCCAUUUACACGGUCCUUUUAAUUACCAUCGAUCGUUAUUGUUCAGUUAAAAUACCAGCCAAGUAUCGUAACUGGCGAACCAAGAAAAAAGUUAUCUACAUGGUUCUAAUUACAUGGAUUGUACCAACAUUAUUAUUUUUUACUUCCAUUAUGGGCUGGGAACAUUUUAUCGGUUAUCGUGAUCUUGCCCCAGGUGAAUGUGCAGUACAAUUUUUGAAAGAUCAAGUUUUCAAUACGUCGCUAAUUAUUGGCUACUUUUAUGUUACCCUUGUUAUCCUGUUUGUACUUUAUGGUGAAAUUUAUAAAACCGCUCGAGAGAUGGCCAAAAAAUCCGAAGAAAAAGCGAAAAAAGUUCAAUCUCUUGUCACUUUAACUCGUGGCCCUGGUGGCGGUGGUGGUGGUGGAAAUUAUGGCGGCGGAGUUGAUGGAAAAGGAGGAGUGGGUAGAGGAAUGGCUCUUUCAAAGACCCAAAGUACUCUAUUAAGUCAAGAUAAACCUAAACCUGGAACAAAUUUAACUGUCCCAUCAGGUACUGGUGGAUCUUGCGUUGGUCCAAACGCCAGUGUUUACACUGAGGGUUCAGGUGAACUUCAGGGUAAAGGUAUAAGAGCAUAUGGACAAACUACAAGUUUUAAUGUGAACGCUAAAGAGGGUAAGGAAAAUACCACUGGCUCAGUAGCGACAGCCGCUCAAAAUGAUGGUGGAGCAAAUAAUUCAGACCAGGAUCGUUCGAGUUCACCCAUUUUCGACUCAGAUGAAGAGUGUUCCCCUCAACCAGUAGUCGUUGUUAGUAAAAAUGUUAAGAGCUCUAAAAGUAGCGGGGGAACUGGUACUUGUGAUGGUGGUCGAACCCGAGGUGAUAAAAGGAGUAAUAGUAACGAUAAGGGUAAUAAAAAGAGUGAGAGUAAAAGUAAAAGUAAAGAAUCAAAUAAAGUGUCACAACCAACGGUAUUAAUACCUCGUUCACCUUUAGCCUGUUCACAAACUCAUAAAUUAAAUAUUCCGCCUUUUCCAUCAAAUAAAAGUAAACACUCAAAUAAACAGAGUAAACAUCAAGUCAACAAUCAGCCAUCAACAUCUCAACAACCAAGACCAGAACCACCUAAAUCAUUGCCAAUUGAAUCAAAGAAAUCAAUAGCUGAAUUAAAUUACAUCAGUGACAAUUUGACCCAUUGUGAUUCCCAAUUGGUUGCUAAUAAUGAUAAAACAUUGCAACAAGUUAAGGAUAACAUUAUAUCACCAAGAUCAUUGCAACAAUCAACUAACUGUGUCAAUGAGGAUGGUAAAGAUUCAGCAAUUAAUAUAUGUGACCCUCGUUCAGGUGAGAUAGCUUUAGUUAUCGAAUCAAAUGAUGAUAAAGUUAACGAAUUACCAAAUCGACAGCUACGAAAGUGUAUCAGUAGUUUAGGUGAUGAUGAUGAUUUCGAUGGAGAUGAUGGAGAUGAUCAAUUGGACAUUGAUGAAUCUAAAAGAGAGAUUAAAACGAUGGAAGGUGAAAUUAGAGCAACACCAACAACAGGUAAUGGUGGUAAUGGAAUACAAGCAGCAGAAGAUGAGGAAGAUGAUAAAGGUGCCAUGGUGUUAAAAUUAUCGAAGCGUCUUCGAAAUGGUAGGAAAAAGAAUAAGGAGAAAAGGCAAAAAUCUAAAUCGGAAAAUCGAGCUCGAAAAGCGCUCAGAACAAUCUCAUUCAUUUUGGGUGCAUUUGUUAUCUGUUGGACACCAUAUCAUAUAAAUGCUUUAAUCGAAGGAUUUUGUAAGAAUUGUGUUAAUCAUCAUUGGUUUUAUUUCACUUAUUUUCUCUGUUAUGUUAAUUCACCAGUUAAUCCAUUUUGUUAUGCGAUGGCUAAUCAACAUUAUAAACGAACUUUUUACCGAAUCUUGAAAGGAGAUUUUCAUCGAACAUGAUUGGCAAAAUAAUAAUAGACUUUUCAACCUGUCAAACCAAUUGACAAUUAACAACUCAAUUGGAGAAACAAAUAUUAUAUAUAUAAAUAUGUAUACAUUUACACAUGAAUUAUUCCGCCAUCAUGAUCAUCCAUUAAUUAUCCAUGAAACUUUAAAUAUAAGUCUCAUAAAAAUAUCUCACAUCUCAUGUGAAGGAAAAUAAAAAAUAAAAUUCCAAACAGUUACAUUAGCAAUUUACAAGCGAAAAUGUAAUCAAAUCUGAUUAGUACCAGAUUAGAUUAAUAAAAAACACUAAAUUGGUCAAUUCUUUACAAUUAGAUAUUAUUAUUAUUAUUAUAAUAAAUUAUUAUCAAUUGUUAUUAUAUUAAUUAUUUGGCGGGAAAAAGAAACUUAUUUCUUUUUGCUUUCGUUUUUCUUUGUUGAUUUUUUUUUUAAAUUCAGUUUCCUUUCAAUUCCUUAUAUAAAUAAUGUUUCCUUUUAUCAUGAUACCUUUUUUUUG